UUCCUUUAAUUCAUAUUCCUCGUCUAAGUGAUUGAAAAGCAUGUUUGUCUGCACUUGUUGUGUUUACACACAAUAUUAUCUGUGGUUUGAAGUGGUUAGAUGGCUUUAACAGUGCACUAGAUCUAUGAAGGCGUUCCGAUCCUGUCUGCAUGGGAAGCUCUGCCGAUGGGAGGAAAAGCCAUUCAUAGGGAGCUGCACAGUCUGCUGAGUGAGCAAUGCACACUAGACACCGACUCUAGCACCGGCCUCAGUCUGCCCACCGUCAUCAGCUCUAUUCCAGAGGAAGUUGUGGAGGAUAUCAAAGUGCGGACGUGUUUCGUUAGUGACCUGCAGAGGGGCAUGAAGAUCCAGGAGGCCAAAUUUAACAUGGACGGAUCUGCUGAAAGACCGGCUCCUCCUCCAGAUGUGGAAUAUCCAUUGGAUUGGCAGAAGAUUCUGCAUGUCAAGGGAUCCAUCAGAAACUCUGUAGCCGAGAUGUUGUUCGAGCAGGAUAAUGAGGGGAAAUCCAUCGCCACGCUGCUGCUGGACACUUUGGUGAAGGUACAAAAUAUCAGAUCUUCAGACCAGCUGUUUGUCAACUGAAGAGGAACUUGAGCCAACGGGAUGAACGGGAGCAGAAGACUGAGCUUCACUUUAAAACAACACUUGAUCAAGCGUUCUGAGGUGUCAUAAAGGUCACAGUGGACCUGCACACGGUUUUUAUCGAAGGAUGAGGAAGCGUCAUGCUGUCGC